AUGUCCGGCCUUAAGCUGGCUGGCUCUGAUAAGAUCUUCAAUUUUCCAAGUCUCUCUCUCUCUCUCUCCGUCGAUCAAAAGCCAAAUUUCCCCUCAAAAUAAUAAACUCCCGAAUUCAAAAUCUCCCAAAAAUUAUUUGCAAGUGGGCAUCAAAAAAUUUCUACCAAAAAAAAAAGUUAGAGAUGAAAGCUUUCAUCUCUUGUUCAUAUAUACAUAUAUAUACAUAUACAUAUACUCCCAUGCUCUCAAAAGCUCUUAGCAUUGGUCCUCAAGCGAUAUUCUCAAAAGUGAUCACCGGAGGGAGAGAGAUCAUGCCUUCAUCCCUACAACUCCAGAGAAUCACCACAGCCACCUCCACCACAGGCUGCCACAGGGCGCCCCCCACCGCCUCCGCCAGCCCGCCCGUGCCUGACUCGGUGGCACAAUACCACGCCCAUGCGGUGAAGCCGAACCAGUGCUGCUCGGCGGUGGUCCAGGCCAUCGCAGCCCCCGUGGAGUCCGUCUGGUCGGUGGUCCGCCAAUUCGACAACCCCCAGGCCUACAAGCACUUCGUCAAGAGCUGCCAUGUCAUCGACGGGAAUGGUCGGGUCGGGACCGUGAGGGAGAUACACGUUGUGUCGGGCCUCCCUGCCGCCGUGAGCCGGGAGCGGCUUGAGAUCCUCGACGACGAGCGGCAUGUCAUCAGCUUCAGCGUGGUGGGCGGGGACCACCGCCUUGCUAACUACCGUUCGGUCACGACCCUCCACCUAUCACCUGACGGGACGGAUACCGUGGUUGUGGAGUCUUAUGUGGUCGAUGUGCCCCCGGGGAAUACCGAGGAGGAAACGCGAGUGUUCGUGGACACGAUCGUCGGUUGCAACCUGCAGUCUCUGGCUCAGAUCGCUGAGAACAUGGUGAAGAAUAACCGAAGCGAUAAUGAUUUAUCAUGAUGUGGUCGAUCCGUCCGUCAUCGUUAAUGAUUAACAGAAAAUACUUCUUAAUUUAUUCUUCCCAGAUGUUGUGAUCAUGUUUGGAUUAAACUCUGGUCUUAUAAAUUACACACAAAUCGGGUUUGUUUUUGUUGGGGAGGGUUUCAUUGUUUUUUAGGGUUAAAUAGUAAUUAGAUUUAUUGGUAUAAUUGGAUAGAGAAAUUGUGAAAUGCCAGUUUAGCCUUUAUUUUAAGCCUUCCACUUCGAAAUCUGUACAUAUAAUAAUAAAUAUAUGUAUGUCGGAAUAUGAGUGUGUAUUGCGCAGGAGUUCAUAUUAAUAUCAGGGCAAUUUUAAUUUUUUCUUGCAAA